AAAACAGUUGCCUCCUUUUCACAGGUGAGCUCAUUGGUAUCCAGUACUUGUUUUCGCAGACUGGUCGAGUGCUGGAGGAAGUGAUGGGCAGGGAUGUCGAUGCUCCGGAUGGGACUGACACGGACGACGACGACAGUGUCGACGAGGGCUUCCAAGAGGUCGAGGGCCCGGAAGAGGAACCUCUGGACAACACCGUCUUCGGCCUUGAGGAGGACUUCGCCCAACAACCGUUGUCGUCUGUCAGGUCCCAGUCGCAUCCUGCCAUCGGCGCCUCACAGUCUGGGCCAGCCAACCAGGAGACCUCCCCUGGAGACGAGGCCACUCAAAGCAGGUCCCACAAGCUGGUAAGUGUCUCCUGACAAGUUGUGCUAUACCUGUGGAAUAUCUGAUGAGUGCUCCCCUUUCUCACUUUUGCUCUCUUCCCCCCAACAGCAUAGCCUUGGAACUGACACUGGCCCAGGUUACCAGCACGUGGUCAACCUGGCCUUGAGUCUCGUCAAGCUGCGUCACCACGCCUACGUGACGCAGCAGCAAGUGGCGGACAUCGUCACCCUCUGGGAACGAUUGCCGGAGGGCGACAAGGCCCCAGUUCGCUUUCCGCCACGCUACCAGGAAAGACUGGUGCAGGGGAGGUUCCGACGCAAGCACUCGCAAACCAUUGUCACACCGGGAGUGGAGAGCUUGCGAUGGUGUAUGGGCGGCCAAGCCACACAGAUGCCAAACAUCAGCCGCCUUGUGGAAGCCGUUUGUGUAGAGCUGUCCAGGAUUCACACCGAGGGAACCACCAUCUGCGGCGUGAGGGUGAAUCGCUGGGCAGCUGUGAUGCGGGAUUACAUCUGCAUCCGGGAAAACAUCCUCACAAACUCGGUACUCCUGGCCCAGACUCGAAUCCAGUUAUUCCCCCUCAAUCAGCGCACACUGGCACAAUGGCACUACGCUCGCACCAGGGAGCUUCAACGGCGGGAUCUGGAGUUGGCCGUGCCCCUGCCAACCAGCUCGGCCCUUGCUACAGAGCCCACCCCUGCCGCACGCCCACGACCCACGGGCCCCGAGCAGUCCGCUGCACAACCACUCCACUUCCCUGACCCGCCUGACCUAUCCGUUCAGGCGACGCAGCGACGUCGGGGCCCCGUGGAUGUGGCACCAGCCAUCAUUGUGCACCCCCCUGUGCCACAUGAAGCCCCCGCCACCCAGCCACUCUCCCCGCCGGCUGACACUGCCAGUCCUCCGCUUCCACCGCCGCAGGCAGGACCCUCAGUACCCGCACCACUGCCUGGCGGCGGAAGAAAAAGCAGGAGGCGGCGGAAGAAAAAGCAGGAGGCGGACGAGCUGGCACGACAGCAAGGAAUCCUCCCCAAACAAAGGAAAAAGAUUGAAGAAUACAUAUGUAAGAGCUGUGGCCGGCAAAAAACUAAAGAGUUCGGCCACAGCCAGUUUGGAAUUCUUUUGCUCCACGUGGUUAAAUUUGAAGAAAAACUGCUUGUUGCAUUCCAGGUGGUUAAAUUUGAAGAAAAACUCGGUUUAUCCAAUUCAUCCAGCUUCAACCCUGUGCCACAGUUCUGCCGCGAGACAUCCGGCGAACUGACUCUCAAGGCCUCCACCAAGGCGAUCCAGGUCACCAAGACAUACAGCCUCAGGCUCAUGGCCGAGAUGGUCAGGGAGCAGGCCAGGAGACACGUGCGGGCAGCAUGUGGUGAGCCCGAGGACUCCAAGCUAGAGCGCAGUGCCAGCGAGCUCCAGUUUGGACAGUACUUUAAAUAG